AUUACUCCGCCCACAACACCGGUCCCUCCUGUUUUUUGUUCCGGGCGACUUUGGUUCCUAGCACCGGUUAAGUUAUCUGGCUCUACAAGGGUACAUCCUACUACUCAUCUCAAGCUUUUAUAAUUAACUUCAAGUCAUGGCGGUGAACACAAGCACUUCUCUGGUGCUCUCCAGUCUGCUGUCAGUGCUGGUUUUUGCUGGGAUGCAGAUGUUCAGUAAACAGCUGGGUUCCACAGAGUGGCUCACCAUCCUGGGAGGGUUCCUGGGCUCUGUCCUCUUCAUCUGCUCCCUCACCGCAUUCAACAAUCUAGAAAACCUGAUGUUUGGGAAGGGAUUCCAAGCCAAGAUUUUCCCAGAGAUCCUGCUGUGCCUGUUUCUCUCACUGUUUGCCUCCGGUCUAGUGCAUCGUGUCUGUGUCACCACCUGCCUGAUAUUCUCCCUGUUUGCCUUGUACUACAUGAACAAGAUCUCCGCCGCCCUCUAUCAAGCGGCGGUUCCUGUCGUAACACCGGCCAAGGCUGCCAGCAAAGGCAAAAGGAAGUGAACUAAUGAAUCUGAAGAAAGUUUCCAGUUGGCCGAUUUAAAAUGCGAAUUUUUGUCACAGCUACAUAAAUCAGGCAUAUUUUUCAAGAUAUUUUUUUUUCUGAAAGUCUUCGACUUCCCCACUUUUUUCUUUUCUUCUUUUUUUUCUUUUUUUACAGUGAUUAUGAAAUUGAAAGUUCCCCCGGGUCAAAUUAAAAGGCCUUUUAUAAUAACUCU